AUGACAUUUGGUCCACCCUGUAUUAUCUUUAGUUCCGGUUGGGACAACUUUUUUCACAGUCCCGAUCCAGAUCUUGUACUACAAAAUGGAUCAAUAAGUGGUGGUCCUUCAUAUGCUAGUCAAGUUGAUGCUUAUAAUUCAAUAUCAUUAAGAACAACAACAACAGCAGCAGCAGCAAAUUUAACAGGAAAUGUUGACCUUCGUCGUCAAAGUAUAAAACAUUUGAGUGGAAUGAUUAAAUGUGCUCCACAAGACACUGAAAGAAUUACAGAUGCAGUCAUUCUUGCUUAUAUACUUUUAAUGUCUAUUCGAUACAUUGAUUUUGUUGAUGAUGAAGCACAUGUUGCUGAAUUUUUAUCUGCUGUAACAAAAAAAGAAAUUAAAAAAGUUCCAAGAAGAAAUGAAGAUAUUGAUUAUCCAAUAUUAUCGAUAACAAAUACAGUUCGAUAUCUUCAUAGAUUACAACAAUAUAGUGCUAAAGAAAAAUAUCAAGCAACAAAUACUCCAAAACAAAACGAACAAGCAUUAAGAAAUGUUGAUCUAACUGAUAAUAGAACUAUUUUUGCUGAUCUUGUUAUUCAUUUAUAUGAUGAAAUUCUCAAAAAGAAUUAA